GCCCACUCUGUGUUAGGUGAGGUCAGUUUCGUUUGUUCGAUCGUGAGGCGUCUGUAAAUAACUCUGUAAAGAUGGGCGCAUCUAAUGGGACACCUCUGAAGUGUCCUCUGUGUCAUGAGGAGUGUCGGGAGCAGGUGACGCUGGCCUGCGCUCACAGCUUCUGUCGGGUUUGUAUCAGAGAGCUGUGGAGCGGAUCUCAGACCGGACCUUAUUACUGCCCCGAGUGUAGAUACGAGUACCAGCACCUGCCGGACUUUACUGACGGAGCGUCUACAUCUGCAGCCACACCAUACACACUAGACUGGCCGUUUGCAAAGAAGCUGUACAACCGGCACUCAAAGAAACACAGGAAGAGGAAGUUCAAAUCAGCGUUCCACAGUGGUGGAUACAGACUGGGCUCAGUCCCAUCUAAUAACACCAGAAGUGACUAUGAUGAAGACUCAUCAAUACCACGGAAAAGAAAGGCCACAGCAGACGAGUGCUCGUCUGGAAGCCAGUUUCCAUCAAUGGUUUGGGGGACCACCACUACGAAUGACACAUCCUCACAACGCACACCUCCACACACAGAUGAGAUCACGUCUCCUCGUAUAGAAUCAUCUCCUGAGAGGAACACAGGUUCCUCUAAGCAAGACCAGCAUCCUGAAGCUUCCUGCAGCGACAGCGGCUCACCCAGGAUGAGCAACACACCUCAGGGAGAGAAACCCCCCUCACCAGCAGCCAGGGCCUCCUCUCAUACACCUGGAAGACAGGAAACAGAUUUUAACAGUGGAGAGCCCCUCAGUAUCUCAGCAGCAGCAUCAUCAGACAGACUUUCCAGGAGCAGUUCUGUGCCUUGCCAUUACUGUCCCAGUUCAGAACAGAAGGUGGCGGUAAAGACCUGCCUGGUUUGUGGGGCCUCCAUGUGCUCCGAGCACCUGCGGGCACACCUGGAAAAGCCGGUUUUCCAGAACCACCCGCUGGUGAACGCUGUGGAGGAUGUGUCUCUGUGGAGAUGCCAGGAGCACCAGGAGAUGAACCGGAUCUACUGUCGAUCGUGUGCAGUGUGUGUGUGCACGGUGUGUUCCCUGGUCGGGUCGCACAAGGGGCACGAGUGCAUCAGCAUCCGCGAGGCAGAGCAGGAGCUCAGGGGUUCACUAAAGAAUGAGAUGCAAAAAAUACAAACAACUGAGAAGUCCAUUCAGGAAAAAGUCUCUGAGCUCCGUGAGAAAAAACGUGGUGUCCAGGCGGAGCUGGAGGACGCGCGGGCGGCCGUAUUGCAGCAGUAUCAGGCCAUGCGGAUGACUCUGGAGCAAGAGGAGGAGCAGGCUUUACUCUGUGUGACCCAGGAAGAGGACAGAGUGCUGGGAAGCAUUGAGAAGCAGCUGGACACAUUACAGGGUGCCCUGAUCUCUAGCCAGAGCAUAUUAAACACCCUGCAGGGAAUGACCCAUGCUGAAGGGGCGUCACAGUACCAAGACCAGGCCUUCAUCAUGGAAUACAGCAAGAUGGCGGGACGCCUGACUGAAUUGUCUGAUCCUGUUCAAAAUCUUGAGACUCCGGAAGAGAUAAACCAUAUCCGUCUGGACUGUCUCAAUGAUUGGACCGAGAGGAGACUGGAGACUGUGCUCGUAUCACUGCCUCAUCGAGACCCUUUCAGACUGCUGUAUGGGAUAAGCCCAACUCUAGAUCCUGAUACGGUCCAUCCCAAGCUGCUGCUGUCGGAUGAGAACAGGACGGUGCAGUACAGCGAGACCCAGCAGGACUACCCCGAGCAGGAGUCCCGCUUCAACAUUUUCCCUCAGGUGCUGGGCUCUCGUGCCAUAGACGGAGGCUGCUGCUACUGGGAAGUGGAGGUCUCUCAGGAUGAGGGCCGCUGGAAGGUGGGGGUCUGUGAUGGACAGAUUGGCAGAAAGGGGCAAAAGGACAUCUGCCGUAUUGGUUUCUACCCUAAUUCUUGGUGUUUAAUAUACGAGAAGGGAAAGGUGGAAGCCCUGCAUGAUAAGAUAGCUUCACCCGUGUGUUCCGCUGAACUCUGGAAGGUCGGGGUGCUGCUGAAUUUUAGUGAGGGUCUCUUGUCUUUUUAUAGGGUGGCCAGGGAGGGAUCUCUUUCUUUUCUCUACAGUUUUGAGCAUACAUUCACUGAGCCACUAUAUCCGGCUCUGGCGGUUUCUAAAACUCAGCUCAGCAUCUGUGACAUAUUUACCAAGACCACUACAGACUAGACUGCGUUUGUGCAUUUAUGAAAGGUUUUAUUAUAAUUUUAAAGGAAUACUUAUAUUUAGGCUAUCCGAGAUGUAGGUGACUUUCUUUCUCCAAUAUAAAUUGUUAGUUGAACCCAUCAUCCUUUGUGAUUUAGAAAGUUCUAGUCAAGAAGAGGUAGCAUUAUAUUGCAGAUAAAAAACACAAAAUAAACCCAUGUGGCUCCUGAUGAUAUAUUGAGGUCUUACGAAGCUAAGCGAUCGGUCUGUGCAAGAAACGAAACAUUAUUUAUGUUUUUUUUCCUGUAAUCCAUAUCCUCAGACAAAUGUGCGAAUGUGAAAUUAUGCCAGUGUGGUUUACAACAGGAUCAAAAGAAAGUACCAUUUGAACAAAAUAAUGUUCUGUUUCUUACACGGACUAAUCGUUUCACUUCAUAAGACCUCAAAACAUCAUCAGGAGCCACUUGGAUUCAUUUGGUGGUUUUGUAUUAAUUUUUCGCCUCUCAGAGUGACUCGUAUGAAUUACCAGAGACCAUGGGUUUAGCUAGAAAACAUCUUUAAUGUUCUACUGAACAAAAAAGUCACCAAUAACUUGGAAGGCGUUAGGGUGAAUAAAUAAACAGCAUUUAUUUUAUUUACUAUUGAACUAUUCCUUUAAGUAAUACAAAUCACUUUUACAUUCCAUGAAUCAUCAUUUCCAACUGCUAAGUUUGGAAUUUUUUAUUAUAUAACAUAAUUUUUAGUAAUUUUUUAUUAUAUUACAUAUAUGACCUUUUAUAACUAUUUCCAUUACAAAAAAUGUUUUAUAUAUCCAUUUAUAUUUCAAAUGGUGUUUUAUUGAAACAAUCUUGCACAGCCUUUUUACUUUUCUCAGCCAUUUCUUGAACUUCUUUUUAUGUUUUUGCUAGGAUUCAUUUUAUCACUUGAAAUAAAUAAUUAGUAUUUUUAUAUCAGAUAAAAUAUAAAAUUGCACUGUAUUUACAUGUACACAUUGAAAUCAAAUGAAGGCCAGGAGAAAUAUUAGUCCAAAAAUCUGAAGACAACAGCCAUUCAACAUUCCAAAUGAAACUCAGAGAUUUUGGGAUUUAUUUUCUGAAUCCUCGUAGUCUUAUGUCAAUCUAGAAUAAAUGUAAUAAUAAACAUUGAGUUUUUCAAAAUGAAA